AUGGAUUCGUUGGUGAUUACCGGUCGACUACGGAAUCGGUUUCUGGAAGCCGCGACCUUGCUACACGCCUUAGACCCCGUCCGUGGGGAACCCACGACUCAUGGCCUCGAGAUUGAUGGAGCUUUGCAAGAAAGAGAACGCUUUCUCAAACGGAAAUUUUUAGAUUCUUUCGCUCUGCUAUGCGCUCCUUCGAAAGGUGGCGACUCUGUAUCGGCAGCGUGCAUGGAAGAAGGGCAGCCGGAGGGUACGGUCGUACGGCUCGCAAGCAACUGUGGGGUGAAGCCUGCAGUUUUGGCUCAAUUGCAGCUAAUUGUUAACGAUCUAAAUCAAAUCGCAUGCGGAGAAUCAGCGAGAGAGAAAGAAGCCGAUAUUUUAUCCAAGAUCGUUCAUUUGGACAUCUCGCGCCUUCGGGAAUACGUUAAUUAUAUUCGCAGCCAUCAAACUGUGCUCCCUCAUUCACGCCUCAAAAUCCAAGAACAGGUUCUCAAGAUUAUCCCGGAUCUAUCUCAAUCUGCUAUGGAGGCAUUCCUUGAAUGGCUCGGCAGCAUGUUACAGAUGGAUGGGCUAGAGGCGACCCCGGAAACCGAGAUUAUAAUUCGAUAUCUCAAGCUAGCUCAGAACGCCAGGCAUAACUACUUGGAGCCUCUGAAAGCCUUAUUCUCCAUGGAGGGCUUCCACUGGCAAAAAUGGUCCUCAUCAGUCUUCAAGCUAGGGCGCUAUGGAGUUGCAUCGAAAGCUCUAAGCCAGCUUGCAGCUGAGGCACCCCACCUCUUUAACCCUAUGACAGUGCACGCUGUCACCGCACCUGGUAAGGUACCCGUUCAGCGGCAGCAGGUAUCUCUGUCCCGUACUCUACGACGGAUAGCCGGGGCCACUGCAGACCAAUACCUUUCUCGUCUUGCUGGCAUCUGGGCAGGAUCUGAUCCCGAACAAUCCUUCCACCAACAAUGCCCCGACGCCCUUGCGGUUCAUGCCGAGUUACAAUUAGCGGCCUUUUAUGACCUUCAUCCAGAGCACCGGCCAUCUUUCCGAUUUAUCGGAGUGAGCAAAAAAUCUUGCUACUUAUGCGAUAGGUUCCUUGCAGUUUAUCCGCAAUCAAUGAGCACUUCCGCUUGCCAUCAGAAGCUUUACCUGUCCUGGAUUCCCCCGCCGACUUCCAGCCCCCAGGUAUACGCUACAUAUAAAACACUGGUGCUUAAGUUGACUCAGGUGAUGGAGGCUACGAUCCGUCAAGAGCUGAUUCAUCGACUGGGAGGUCCACGGCGACAGGUUCCACCGGACUCUACCUGUGGCGUAUCGCUUUCCGGUCUAACCGAACGUAGCACUAUUCCGGUCGUAUCUGGUGCUCUGCUAAGCUCGCAAACUUGUCUGGAGCCAAUGCCCCCGCAAUUCAACAAACGCGCAGAAAAUGUACACGGCUCACUAGAAAUCCUCGAACCCAUGUGUGUCCUACCCAGGUCCGCCAGUUCCUUACCAGCGGCCACACUAUCCGGGCCGGAUAGUAACAUGGCCCUCUCUCGCGACGGCGAAUGGGCUACGAAAAACGAGAUUCAAAGUCCAUUCAAUGAUAUAGUAGCCCAUUUCAAAAGGGCUGAUGAUGUUUCCAAGCAGGAUAUUAUCCAAAUAUCUGAUGUUAUUGAUCCUGAAACUCACACCCCAUCAUGGGCGAAGCUAGUGAAGAUUCUAGAAACCGAGUCGGACAACGAUAUCGGACUUCGUUUCAAAAAGGACACGGAUCUCAUGACUCUUAACGGACAGAUUCCUAUGGGUAACCAAAGGCAGCUCAUGGCAUGCCUUCAAUACGUGCAGAAUUCAGGUAAACUUAACCUUGAGAUUCUUCAAACGAAAGCUAGAAGAAUGACGAUGAAACAGCGAAAGGAGGGCAAGCUACUGCUAUUUGGGAAAUCCAACGAUGAGAUGAAAGAUGGCGCCAGAAUUUUUAAUGCAGUUCUCUUUCUCUUGUAUCACUCAGGACUUUCAAGUGGAGGACAUGGUCUGUCAUCCGGGCGGCAUACGGGGAGCGUUGUUUGCAAAACGAGAGGCGGGUUUAGACAAAUGGGAAAAGGAGGAGGACGCGAAAAGGGUGACGCAAGAUGA